ACGCGCAUUUCUGUGCGUAUUGACAUGUUCUUGAGAGGUUGCGAAUCCAGUCGGACAUGGACCUGUUGGGAUCUGUGACGAUGUCGGGGCGGACAGCUCCGGAUUUCGGUGCGCCAGACGGGCCAAACAGCCCCGCACUGUGCCGUUAAACCCGCAUCAUGGGCGAAUCUGGGGUCAGUGACAGUCAAGGUCAUGACGAGUCGCCAGCACACUUGAACUUGCGUGGGUGGACAAUGAAACCCUAGAGGCCUGAACAAUCUUUCCUACAGACCUUGUUUCUCUUUACUCUCUUUCACUCCCGGUCUGUCUCCAGGCUGGUUACCGACGACAGGUCAAUCCACGAGUGAACCUUGAUGAUGCAACCACAACCAGAAACACAUGCAAGUAACUACCAAGUACGGUCUUUAAGUAGAAUAAGUAGCAAGUCAUCCCACACUGAGGGACGCGAGACUACGCUUGACAACCAGCCCCGUCACAAUGGGACGGCAGCGUGAUGAGGGUCAAGACUCUCAUAUUGACGACUUUGGGGAGCCCUCACGGAGGAUCGACGACCAGCGACAGCCGCUUUCAACAGCAUCGUAUUCCUCACCACCUGUUUCACCUGACGACCCAGAGGAACAGAGGGAUGACCCCAAGCGACCGAUAGCAUGGCGUGAGCUACCGCGAAAGGACCAACUGAUCAUCAUCACCCUCGCUCGCCUGAGCGAGCCCCUCGUCCAAACCUCCCUACAGGCGUACCUGUUCUACCAGCUCAGAUCCUUCGACCCCAGCCUUCCCUCGUCCAAGAUCUCAUCGCAGGCGGGCAUCAUGCACGCCUCGUUCAUGUUCGCCCAAUUCCUGACGGGCAUGCUUUGGGGCCGGGUGGCCGACUCGCGCUACGCUGGCCGAAAGGUUGUCCUCCUGGUUGGUCUGACGGGAACGGGCCUGUCAUGCUUGGGGUUUGGGUUCGCCACGAGUUUCUGGCAGGCUCUGGUCUUUAGAACGAUGGGGGGUGCCACGAACGGCAACAUUGGCGUCAUGAGGACAAUGAUCAGCGAGAUCAUCAGGGAGAAGAAGUACCAAUCUAGGGCCUUUCUGCUUCUCCCCAUGACCUUCAAUAUCGGCGUCAUUGUCGGGCCCAUCCUCGGUGGUGUGCUGUCUGACCCUGCCGGAUCCUAUCCUUCCUUGUUCAAGGGGAUACCGUUUUUCGAGAAAUACCCAUAUGCCACGCCCAACAUUGUCAGUUCCGUAUUCCUCAUGUGCGCGGCAGCAGCGGUAUGGUUGGGGCUGGAGGAGACACUGGACUCCAUCCGUGACACUGGUCAUGUGGACUUGGGCAUACGUGUGCGCAAGAGCAUGGUGGCCUUGUUUCGGAGACGACGACAUGGUUAUUCGUCUAUCCCGACCUCAUCCACCCACGAUGACAAUGAUGCCAGCCUGGACCUACCCGAAGCUGGCGCGAAGCCUCAGCCACAAAAACGCUUCACCCAACGAUUGCCCUUCAAGCGCGUGUUCACGCCCAACGUGGUACUGACGUUUGUCGCCCAUUUCCUCAUGGCGUUCCACGUCGGCACCUUCAACUCGCUCUGGUUUGUCUUCCUCAGCACGCCGGUGUACGACCCUGGGGAAUCAGACAUUACGCCUCAGCUGCCGUUUCGUUUCACGGGUGGCCUCGGACUGAAACCGCAGAGUGUAGGUCUCGCCAUGGCAAUCUUGGGGACCAUUGGUAUCUUCAUGCAGCUGGUCCUGUAUCCCCGGAUCAACGCACGCCUGGGCACCAUCAGAAGCUGGCGGUAUUUCCUGUAUACCUUCCCGGUGGCGUACUUCCUGGUGCCGUACUUGAGCAUUGUCCCAAGCUCGUCGCCGCCGCCCCAUGCCAAGACAGGCCUCGCCAUGUGGAUGGCGUUUGUAGGCAUCCUGAUGAUACAAGUGCUGGGACGAACCUUUGCCCUUCCAGCUCAGGCCAUUCUCAUCAACAAUUGUUCGCCACACCCAAGCGUCUUGGGCACCGUACAUGGCAUGGGGCAAAGCGUGAGUAGCGGCGCAAGAACUAUUGGCCCCAUGGUCGGAGGCUUUGUGUACGGUCUGGGCCUCAAUGCUGGUUACGUAGGCCUGGUGUGGUGGUGUCUCAGCGUCAUAGCCGUCCUUGGAGUUGUGGCGAGCUGGUUCGUUCGAGAGGGCGAUGGCCAUGAAAUAUGGCUCGAGGGGGAUGCAGAGGAUUAGACUAGCGUAGCUGAAUGUGCGAGGAGAACAAUACGUUCAUAGUCAUUCUUCUCACAUCAAGGCG